GAGGAUAAAGUAGAAAAACUAAUCUUUUUGAGUGCUUAUGAUAAAAGGAAAUUUCCUGAUGCACUAGGUGAUAUGAGAAAAGCACAUAUAUUUCAGGAAACUUUUGGUAAAGUGCUUGAAGAUAAAAAAAUGUUGGGAGAUAUUAUUGAUGAUAAUCCGAAUAUUUGUAAGGAUAUAAUCACAAAGAUUUCUCACCUUUAUGAUAUUCACAGUAAAUGGACACACAAAGAACACAAACCUGACUUGGUUGUCCUUGCCCCUCAUUACCCAGCCACAGCCAACCAACAUCACAAAGAAGUAUUACUAGUUAGAAAUGAGGUGAAAUUAAUUAAAGAAAGAAACGAGCAAUUAAAGUUUGAAAAAAAUCAAGUUAAACGAUGGCAAAUUACUGAUGAGGUUGAUGCAUUAGAAUCAGGAGUUAA